AAAUCCUCAUGACUCAUGCAAAUCUGAGAAGAAGCUCACGGAGGAAGCUUUGAGUGAAACUCAAAAGAGAGAGAAGGAGAUGGAGUUGAAGAAGGACGAGUUGCUGAAGAAGGUUGAUGAAGAGUUUCAGUGGCCCUUGGUUACUGUUGGAUCAGUUGGAGCUGCUGGUUUGGUUGCAACGACCUUGUUCGUCUGCUAUUCUAAGCUAAGGUGAUCUUGAUGAAUAUGUAGUGAAAGAAUAACUGAUGACCAAGUUCUUAAGAUUGGUUUCUGCAAUGGAAUUAUAUAGGUUGGCUACAAAUUUGGAAUUUGGAAUCUGUUGAAGCUGAUACCGUUUGAUGCAAAUUAAAUCUUGCUUUUUCUU